AUGCAUGCACUUUACGGGGCGGAGCCCGCAUAUGAGAAGCAGCCGGAGGACCGUGCCAGCUGGAUCUUCGGCAGCCUCUUCUACACAUGGCUUGGCGACCUCAUGCAGCGCGCGGCGCGAGAGGAGCUGACCAUGGAUGGGCUGCCGCGCCCGAUGCGCGAGUACCGCGCCUACAACGCCGGUGUUGUGCUGUCGGCGGAGCUGCAGCGCCAGCGAGCGCGCCGCCAUGCGUGGGACGGCUACGUCGGCACGCGCGUCGGCGUGCGCUGGGACGACGCCAGCGACGGCGUGCUGCGCUGGGUGGGCGCGGUGCAGCAGUACGGCACGCCGGGGCGGCUGUACGCGGGCGUGGAGUGGCGCGUGGCCCCGUCGCGGCGCCGUGGCUGCUGCGCUCGGCGCUGCAUGGGGUGGCUGCUGCGCCGCGGCCGCAGCGCCCCUGUCCCGGAGCGGGGUCCCGGCGCGUAUCACCGCGGCGAGGUGGAUGGCGAGCACCUGUUCGACCCGGUGGAGGACGACACGGUGCUGACGUGCGAGCGAGUCGAGGACGUGAUUUUAUGGGGAGAUGGACCCGGAGGAGAAACUCAGGAAGCAGCGACUACCGGGGAGGACUCUGUUGAUGACUCGGAUAUCAGCAGUCAGAGGCAACCAGAGCAGAGUGGCGUGGUUGUUGCCGCCCCACCGACGUGCAUGUCUGUGACAGUGGCCCUUUUCCGCGUUCUCCGUUGGCGGCUGCUUCUUUUGGGGCCUUUGCGCCUAACCGUAGAGGUCUCUGCGCUGCUGACUCCCAUGGCGCUCAGCUGGUACAUCCGCCUACUACAGGGCAACGCAGACACACCAUCUUCUGAUACUGCAGGCAGCGACACCAGCAGCGCGGCUGCUUCGUCUUUGCCGUCAUCCAGUUUCGUGGAUAGCGGGAGCAUGAUGGGUGCUCUGUGGCAGCCCGUGGCCAGCGUCGCUCUUCUCUUUGCAAUUUCGCUGGUGCGCAGUCUUGCCCUCCAGAAGUACGCUCAAGUCGCCUACCGCAGCGCGUACGCCAUGCGGUCGGGCUUGUCAUCCUGCAUCGCUGCCAAGUGUCUGCGGAUUGCGUCGCGAGAACUGCGGCGACCUGAGCUCAACCCCGGACGCAUUGUGAAUAUCAUGACGACGGAUGUUGCGAGCAUUGAGGAUACAUUGCAUGUCCUCUGGAUGGCAGUCACGGUGCCUCUUCAAGUGUGUGCUGCCGUGAGCAUGCUCUACCGAAGCAUCGGCUGGGCAGCGUGCAUCAGCAUCCUCAUGCUGUUAUUCUUCUUGCCAAUACAGGUCCUUCUGACAAAGAUGACCUACGCCUCUACCGUAGGUCUGGCGAAGUCCUCGGACGCGCGACUACGCACCACGAACGAGUUCCUCUCCGGCAUCCGCACCAUCAAGUUCAUGAGUCUCGAGGACACCUUUGAGGAGGAGAUCAACGCGCGCAGAGCGGCCGAGCUCCGUGCUGUGCGUCGAUACCAGAUCAUUUCCACCGCCAACUUGCUCAUCUCGCAGUGCGUCCCAAGCUGCACGACAGCAGCGGUAAUGGUGGCCUACUACCGCAAGGGUUAUCCCAUGUCUCCCGAUAUAAUCUACCCCGCUCUCUCCCUGCUCAGCCUCAUGGACACCCCGUUUGAGCUGGUCACGACCCUUGUCGGAGUGUUCUCGCAGUUCCUCGUGUCCAUGAAGCGCCUCACCUCCUUCCUUGCCGCUGACGACGCGCAGGCACGCGACAUCCUUGAGGCGGCGCUGGCGUCGAAGGAGGGCGACGACGCGGCCGCGGUGCUGUGCAAUGCGACGGUGAGCUCCUACAAGGCUGUGCCGCUGCCCCCGGCCAGCAGCCGCGAGAGCGGCGGUGGGGAAACGCACUACGAGUUGCGCGCCAAGACGCUGCUGGCGGAUGUGGACCUGCGCGUGCCGCGCGGGCGGCUGACGGUGGUGCUUGGGCCGACGGGCAGCGGCAAGUCCACGCUGCUGAACGCGCUGAUCGGCGCGCUGGCGGUGACGCGCGGCCGCGUGGCGUGCUCGCGCAGCGUGGCCUACGUGCCGCAGCAGCCGUGGAUCAUGGGCGCGACGCUGCGCGACAACGUCGUCUUCUUCGGCGCGCCGGACGCGGCGGCCUUCGAGCGCGCGGUGCGCAGCAGCCAGCUGGCGUCAGACCUGGCGCUGCUGGCGGACGGCGCGGAGACGGAGAUCGGCGAGAACGGCAUCAACCUGAGCGGCGGGCAGAAGGCGCGCGUGAGUCUUGCGCGCGCCGUGUACGCGGACCGCGACGUGUACGUGCUGGACGACCCGCUGUCGGCGCUGGACGCGCAGGUGGGCGAGCGCGUGAUGCGCGAGUGCGUGUGCGGCGCGCUGGCCGGCAAGACGCGCGUGCUGGCCACUCACCAGGUCAGCGCCGCCGCCUACGCGGACCUGGUGGUGCUGCUGGAGGAGGGCCGCGUCGCCUUUCAGGGCAGCUACGCCGCUUACUGCCAGUACGCCCGCGUGCACUACGAGCGCAGCCUGAGUGGCAUGGGCAAGACGUCUGUGUACGCCGCGCAGACGGUCUGCGAGCUGGCAUCCGCCGUUGACCUGUCGAAGCUGGAGGACAUCCUUGAUGAGAACGCUGAGGUGCAGCGUCCGUUGACGGAAUCGACGCUGGAGUCGAGCGGUGGCGUUCUGUUUGCCGCGGAGCCACAGGCGCACAGAGUGCUGGGUGACACGGUGACGGAGGAUUCGCCCGACGUGACGGUGGUGGAGAGUGGCGAGGAGAAGGCGGUCGGCGCCGUUCCGUGGGUGGUGUACCGGCGCUACAUCGAGGCCUGUGGCGGCUUGCUGACCCUCUGCAGGAUUUUGAUCUUUUUCGUCUUUACGGAGGGAGUGUCUCGUUCCGGGGAUGUGUGGCUCUCUCUCUGGUCUGGGGGAAAGCUGGAGAGUCUCUCCACUCACCUGCGUCUUAGCGUUUACGUGGCAGCGGUCCUUGCAGCCAUCCUCGUACCCCCCUCUCGUGACUUGUGGUGCUUCACAAUAACGCGGCGUGCGGCUUACCAUAUUCACGCUGGGCUUCUACGCUCCUUAGCCCGCGCGAGACUCUCCUUCUUCGAUGUCACGCCACGCGGCCGCCUCAUCAACCGCAUGUCACGCGACAUGGGCCUCAUAGAUUGGGACUUGAGCGUCAGUGUCGACAUCCUUCUCUUUUUCUUUUUCUACCUUAUGGCGUACUUUGCCAUCAUGACGACAUCGCAGCCCUUUGUCCUUGUCUUGCUGUUGCCGUGCAUUUCGGUGUACGGCCACAUCUUUCGCUUCUUCUGCGCUGCCAACCGCGAGAUGCAGCGCCUGCUCAACAUCUCCAACUCGCCCGUCUUCUCGAUCCUGAACGAGGUGGUGACGGGGCGCUGGACCAUCUGCACCUACGGCCGCGAGCAGGACAUGAUGCGCGAGGUACUGCGGCGGCUGGACGGCGUCUUUGCAUGCUCCUAUAUGAGGUGCAUGGGCAACCGGUGGCUUUCGGUGCGCGUGGAGCUGCUCGGAAACGUGACUGUGUCGGGGCUAGCGCUGCUCGGCGUGCUGGCGAUGAAGCUGCCUUGGAUGCACAUGAACCUUGGCCUGCUCGCGCUCAGCAUAACCAAGGCGUCCUCCAUCACUAUGGUGCUGUCGAGCUUCAUCAGGAUUGGGGCGUCGGUGGAGGCGUCGAUGAACUGCGUGGAGCGCGUGCUGUACUACACGGACAACGCGCCGGCGGAGGACAUAGGUAUCGGCGAGAGCGCUAUGGAGGCGUGCGACAGCACUGCGCUCUCGGUGGUUGCCGGCGACGGAGAGUCCGCUGCUGCGGCGGCGCCUGCGGGGUCGCUUGUGCUGGAGCACGUGGACAUGCGGUACCGGCCGGGGCUGCCGCUGGUGCUGCGCGACGUGUGCUUCGCGGUGGCGCCGGGGCAGAAGGUGGGCGUUGUGGGGCGCACCGGCAGCGGGAAGUCGACGCUGCUGCUUGCCUUCCUGCGGCUGGUGGAGGUGUGCGGCGGCCGCAUGCUCGUGUGCGGGCGCGACGCGCGCGACUACGGCGUGCGCGAGCUGCGCGGGCUCUUCUCGAUGAUCCCGCAGGACCCGCUGCUGUUCGACGGCACGGUGCGCAGCAACGUGGACCCCUUCGGCCGCUGCGGCGACGCGGCGGUGUGGCGCGCGCUGCGGCAGGUGGGGAUGGAGGAGCGCGUGCGCGGCGAGGCGGGCGGGCUGGACGGGCGCGUGCAGGAGGGCGGCGCAAACUACAGCGUGGGCCAGCGCCAGCUGCUGUGCCUGGCGCGCGCGCUGCUCAAGCGCGGCAGCGCCUUCCUGCUCAUGGACGAGGCAACCGCAAACGUCGACCCAGCGCUCGACCGCCAGAUCCAGCGCACGGUGCAGCACACCUUCCGCGACUACACCGUCGUCACCAUCGCGCACCGCCUGCACACCGUCGCCGCCUGCGACGUCAUCUUCGUCAUGGACCAGGGCCGCGUUCUCGAGUUCGGCUCGCCGCGUGAGCUGGUGGAGCGCCAGGGAUCCGCUUUCGGUGCGCUGGUGGGCUCGUUGAGCAAGGGUGCACAGCAAGCGUUUCGUCUGGCGUUGGAGGGUUUGUCUGAUAAACCGUCAGUGUAG